AGGAAGCGGUAGAGGGCCUUCCUGUUCCUCGUCACUCACUACCUUCACGAUGGCCGUCGCGCUCGUCUUGCUGCUCGUCGCCAUCGCGAUGGACGCCGUCGGGACGGACGCCACUUUGCCGCUCCACGCGCACUCUUCCUUCCCCUUUAACUCUCCCGACAGGCCACUCGUGCGCUUCUCCCUCCCCGACACCCACAACUUCUCCACGCUGCUGCUGAGCGACGACCACGACACGCUCUACGUGGGCGCGCGCGAUGCUGUGCUCUCGUUGAACGUGAGCGCCGGCGACGUCCUGACCCUGAAGAAGAAGGUGUCCUGGCGUCCGACGGACUCCGACGUGGACGUCUGUCGGAGCAAAGGGAAGAACGCCACGAUGGAGUGUGGAAACUUUGUGGGGGUGUUGCAGCACCUGAACGCCUCGCACGUGUAUGCCUGUGGCAGCUUCGCCUUCAACCCACGCGACGCCUUCCUGGACGCCGACACCUUGGCCAUGACCCGCCUGCCAGCUGCCCGAGGUCGCUGCCCCUUCAGCCCGUGGCAAAGGAGCGCCGCCCUCGUCGCAGACGGCGAAUUGUUCACCGCCGUAAUGGCCGACUUCAAGGGAGUCACGCCACUCAUCGCGCGACACUUCAGCAAAGGCGGGCGUCCAGACGUCAGCCAGGAGUUGUCGCCCAUCCUACUGGAAGAGGCGGACUUUGUGGGCUCUGCACUGGACGCCGCCCAAAGGAAGGUCCUCUUCUUCUUUAACGAAGUGGCCAAGGAGUUCAACGUCCGGGACGAGCAGCACGUGGCGCGCGUGGCCAGCGUCUGCCAGGAUGACGUGGGCGGCGUCCAGAUCCUGCAGAAAAAGUGGACGUCGCUGGUGAAGACCACGCUCCGCUGCCUGCCGCCUUUCGCCGUCCUGCGCGACAUCGUCGCCCUCCCCCCGCCGCCGGAGGAUGGCGAAAGCGCCCACACGCUCUUCUACGCCAUCUUCAGCUCGCAGUGGUCCCUCCGUCCCGAGUCGGCAGUGUGCGCCUUCCGGCUGGCGUCCCUCAGGGAGGCGUUCGCCGGCCCCUACAGGCACUUUGAUGCUCACACUCACCUGUGGAGCCCCCUGCAGGCCAAAAGCUCCGACUUCGGGCAGUGUGGCCUGGAGGGGGCCUCGCAUAGCAAACUGGAGGAGGUGAAGCGCACUUUCCUGACAGAUGGCCAUGUGGAUCCGGAGCAAAGCCGCCCCCUGCUGGUCUCCACCCGCCACCGCUACAGUCGUGUGGCGGUCAUGAGCGUGCGCGCGGCUGACGGUUGGAGUUACCAGCUUCUCUUCCUCCUCACCGAAAAUGGAAUCCUGCACAAAGUGUUUUUGUCUUUGCGGGGUCCGCGGGUCAUUGAGGAGAUUGCGGUGCUGGAGCGCGGCGACCACGUUACGGCCUUGGCGCUGUCGGCCUCCAAGGGCGUGGCUUUCGUCGGCUCGUGGGGCGGCGUCACCGCCGUGCCGGUGGCUCGAUGCUCCGCCCACCCCUCGUGCGGACGCUGCCUAUUGGCCAGAGACCCUCUUUGCGGCUGGAGCCGAAGCAGGAAGCUGUGCGCCCGUUUGGACCAGGAACCGGGACAGGAAGAAUGCAUGGUUCAACUCCUGGAGGGUGGUGACGUGGCGAAGGCAUGUCAUGGAGAAGGCGGCAACCCCCCUGUCAAAAAUGUGGUGGCGGGUGUCAAUGAAGUCGUCAGGCUCCGGUGCAAAAAACCUUGGGAGUCGUGCACGCUGAAGUGGACGUCCUUGCGAUUCCAAGACCUCCCACCGCAACUGUUCAUCCGAUCGGGUGACGGCAGCCUCACCUUCUUGGUCAACGCAGACACGCCGGACGUAUACCACUGUCAAGCAGAAGAGGACGGCUACACGGAAACGGUCGCCAGCUACAAAGUCAUUGCGUCGGCCCGACCGCGCUCCAUGCGCCAUGGCGCCGGCGCGGAGGACGACUGGACCAUUGGGGUGGGGUCCUCAUCUUCGCCGCCACAGGUGCUCUGUGAAAGGCGGAGCUACGAGGGAAGAAUGGCAGGGGUGGCCCUGGUGCUGACCACCUGCAUCUGUUUCCUGAUGUCAGCCGCAAUCCUGGCAUGUGUCCGCAGGAAGUCCGCCAAUUGUCAUGAGGGUACAUCAUACACCCAGGGUGACAAAAACCAUGACAAAGUUUCAGAGCCGAGGGUGGAGCUACGACAACUCCCUGACUAGCGACACUUAACCGACACGCCAGCUUAGCUUGGUUUAUUUUAGCUCAUUUUAGCUUGUCAACAUUAGCAUUGUGAAUCCGAACGUGAAAUUCAUUUGAAAUGAUGAAAUUUGUCACUAAUGGCCGUCAUUAAAUCACCUGUGAAACA